AUGCAAAAUAAAGAUGUGUUCGUGGUUACAAUCAAACAAUUAAUUGACUGGAUGAAGCAUCCUUUGCCAAUGACACAGAUUCAUAAGAGUGAGGCUCUUCGAUGUCCUACGUCUGUCCAGUUCAGUCAAUCGCCGGGUGGAAGUAGAUCAAGCAGCUGUACGAGACCCAAUAAAUGCAUGUAUCGAACGCCUACGUUGAACAGCCAAGAGCAUCAAUUCCUCACAUGCUCCCCUUGUCCAGAAUACUAUCCUUGGUUAGAGAAUCCAAUCGGCACACCUUCACUCAUGGAUUGA